AAAAUAUAAAUUUAAACAAAACGUUAACGCCAUAAUAAGGAAGGUGAAGCAAAGCAUAAGAGCGGAGUGAGAGUUUUCUCUUCAUCUCCAACUCUAACCGUAACCGUUUUUCAUUCCAAAACUCUUUUUAUAUUAUUCUAUUCCUCUCAGAUCUCAAUCAAACCCUAACUCUCCCGCUUUCUCCUAUUCCAUUCUUCAUUCUCAUCCACCACUCUAUCUCGAUUCACGCUCCGUUCGUUUCCGGCAUCGUCAGAUUUCGACGGCGAGAUUUUACGGUUUCCGGCGUCUUCAGAUUUCGACGGCGAGAUUUUACGGUUAAAUAAUGGACUACAGGUUGGUGAUGAUGAUGAUGCUAUAGUAGUAGAUAUUGUUGAAGAAGAAAAUGGAUAAUAGAGGUGCUUCAUUCGUUGCUGUUAGACGAACAACACCGCAUGGAGAAACCUGCAAUUCAAAUUCUGCGGAGGCUGUGGCAGGAUCAGCAGCAUGGCUUGGUAGAAGUCUGUCUUGUGUAUGUGUACAGAGAAGAGAUAGUGAUGCUUCUAGCUUUUUUGAUUUAACUCUAGCCCAGGAGGAAUGCUUGCAGAGGCUACAGAGACGAAUAGAUGUUCCAUAUGAUAGUUCUAUAAUUGAGCACCAGGAGGCCCUUAGGGCUUUAUGGAAUGUUGCAUUUCCUGAAGAGGAGCUCCGUGGCUUGAUAUCUGAGCAAUGGAAGGAAAUGGGCUGGCAAGGGAAGGAUCCAUCAACAGAUUUUAGGGGUGGUGGUUUUAUUUCUUUGGAGAAUUUUCUGUUCUUUGCUAGGAAUUUCCCGAAAUCGUUCCAGGAUCUUUUAUGGAAGCGGGAAGGAGAUCGGUCCGCGUGGGAAUAUCCGUUUGCUGUUGCUGGUGUUAACAUCACAUUCAUGCUGGUGCAGAUGCUUGAUCUUGAAGCUGUGAAGCCACGCACACUGGUGGGAGCAACUUUCCUAAAGUUUCUUGAAGAAAAUGAAUCAGCUUUUGAUCUUCUCUACUGCAUAGCUUUCAAGCUGAUGGAUCACCAAUGGCUUUCUAUGCGCGCCUCAUACAUGGACUUUAAUACAGUGAUGAAAUCUACACGGCGUGAGCUAGAGAAAGAACUUCUUCAAGAAGAAGUAUUGCGUCUUGAAGACUUGCCCUCAUACAAACUACUUUCACGAUAGAUAUCAGUUCAAGAAACCUGUCAAUCUCCUAGAGUUAUAGCAUUGAAGGCCUUCGCUGCUUCUAUAAUCUUCAUGCCUGGCAUUCAGCAUACAAUAACAUUUCAGCAAGACAAAGUCAACUUUUAACCCUAAUGUGUGCUUAAAAAGCCUCACGGACUUGCUGUGUUUGGUUACAGAGUCAAAACUUUUUAACACUAAUGUGAGCUUAAGAUAACAAUUUCCAAGGAGUAAUUUGUGCUCCUGAAAUGCGAAACGGUUGUGUCAACAAGGUUUGAGAUGCAGUAAAUAAGCUUUUAAUCUAGUUGGAGUAUGAUGGUGUUGGCUAACAUGAUGCCAUGAGUCUUAAAUGUAAAAUUGCUUGGUGUUAGAUUUUUAAUGAAUUGUGGAACUUCUGCACGUUUUUCUCGUGGUUCAUUAUAUGGUAAAUGCAGCUUGCUGCAGUAUUGCAUUUCA